UGCAGUAUGGCGGCGCUCUCCGCGCUGGGACUGGUCCUUUCGCAGCCAUUUUCUGUCCAACCACACGGCCGUUUGCAGACGCGAACCAACCAGGGCUUCAUUGCAGAUGGACGGAGACAGCACCACCACCGAUACCUCGCAGUUGGCUAUAACGAGCGAGUACAUGACCAGUGGCCAUUAUGUGCUUCAAACACAAGAGGAUGAUGGCGAAGAAAGUCUUCAUGAUCAUGAAGAUGGCAAUGGUUGCAAAGACAAUCUCCGAGAGCAGGAUAUCUACCUGCCUAUUGCUAACGUAGCUCGCAUCAUGAAGAACGCCAUCCCACAGACGGGAAAGAUCGCAAAAGACGCAAAAGAAUGUGUACAGGAGUGUGUGAGCGAGUUCAUCAGCUUCAUCACAUCAGAAGCCAGCGAGCGAUGUCAUCAGGAGAAGCGCAAGACUAUCAAUGGCGAGGACAUCCUGUUUGCCAUGUCCACACUGGGUUUUGAUAUGUAUGUGGAGCCGCUCAAAGUUUACCUGCAGAAGUUCAGAGAGGCGAUGAAGGGUGAGAAGGGGAUGGCAACAGUGGCAGUCGCAGAAGGCCUGAGUGAAGACCUUACAGAAGACAGUUUCACAAAUCAAUUAUCUGCUGGAAUGAUCACAACUGAUGGCCAACAGCAGAAUGUCAUGGUGUACACCACGACAUACCAACAGCUCCCUGCUGUUCAACAAAUCCAGUUCUCAUGACGUGGCUCAGCUCUAGACCAUGCACUUGUCCACAGACUGCUCUCUCACCUUCUAAAGUUUCCUGGUGGUUUUGGAGAACAGAGUUGUGAGCAGGGAAAGAAGAAUCUACUAGCGGAGAGCCUGAAUUUGUAAAUUUUUUUUUUUUUCCUAGUGAUGUCUAUAAUUCAUGAGUCAUUUUGUUAUAAUGUACGUUAAUUUUAAAAUGGUCUGUCAUGUCUGAAGACUGAAUCAUUUUUGUGGGGUUUUUUGGGGGGGAAUUCCAUGUAUUUGUUACCUUUUAAAGGUUUGCAGGUGGGGGGAGGGAGGGCUAACGCUGGGUUUAUGUAAACACAAAUGGAGUCUCCAUUUGGUUGGUCAACUUCAUUCUGAUUCUUAAAAUAAAAUUGAGGGAAAUGCAUCAGCUUGGCUAAUUGUACCACUGUUUAAUUACAAUUCAUGUAACUACAUUACAUUAAAGGUCAUGAAUUUGAACCAAAA